CCCCGCCAAAGGCUGCGGGCGAUAACCUUUUAAGUUAGCGUCUGACGCUCUUCCGAGAACUGCUUUCUCCCCCGCUAUCCCGCACCGCUCCUCCCUGCGCUCACCUCUCCACCGUCUCUCUCGACACUUUCCAACACAAACAACACACUCAAUUGCAUCUGAAAAUGUCAACCGCGUUUGCAGAGAAAUGCCGCAAGGUCGUGUGCAUCGGCCGCAACUACUUUGACCACGUGCUCGAGCUCAACAACGCGAAGCCCACGUCGCCGUUCUUCUUCCUCAAGCCACCGUCGUCGAUUCUGUUGCCCGGCCAGGGCCCAAUCCUCGCACCGACUGGCGUCAAAUGCCAUUACGAGGUUGAGCUCGCGCUGGUGUUUGAUAAGACGGUGCGGGACUACGAUUACCGUGGCAAGGACGAGAAGACGGCUUUGAAUGAGGUCAUUGACCAAAUCAGCGGCUACACUGUUGCGAUUGAUAUGACCGGACGUAACGUUCAGGACGAGAUCAAGAAGAAGGGUCUUCCCUGGACCACUGCCAAGGGUUUCGACACCUUCCUCCCCGUCUCAAACUUCAUCCCCAAGUCUGCCAUUCCCGACCCCUCCGACGUGACCCUGUUCCUGACCGUCAACAAGCAGACCCCAUACAAUCAGCACGACUCCACCAACCUCAUGAUGUUCAAGAUCCCCGAGCUCGUCUCCGCCAUCUCCAGCGUCAUGACCAUCCAGCCCGGCGACAUCAUCCUCACCGGCACACCCAAGGGCGUCGGCUCUGUCGUGCCUGGCGACCACAUCGAUGCUGGUCUUGAGGUUGACGGCAAGGUGCUUGAGGAUAGCAAGAUCUCGGUCGAUGUUGCUGAGAAGGGUGGUAUCUAUGCGUUUGGAAAGUAAUCAUCUUUUUGUACUUUUUGGCAUAAUGUUUGGCCCAUGAAUUGAUCUCCUUGAUACAGCACAGUUGCUGCAUUAAUACAUUACA